AGUUAAAUAACAAAUUAUUUCUUAGUUCCAAAUAUUUUUGGGAAAGAAAAUGAGACCUGCAACAGGUAGACCGUAGAAAUACAAUUUUACUGGGAAGGUAGGGGGGACACGUGGCGUGGACCCACAGCGGAACAUGAAAAGAAAUGGUAACCACAGCGGGACAUGAAAGUUUUAAAAAGUGACGUAGUUUCUUUUCCGAGUCCCCAAACAGAGAGAUCUUUCUACCCCGUUUAAAUUCGAGAAAGUGUAAGGAAAUUCGAAAUGGAAGCUGAAGCCAAAGCCCAAACUCAAACGGAAAACCAGCAGCAGCAGCAGCAACACAAAUCGACCAUGAAGAAAUCAUCGUCGAAGAACUCUGACUUGUCGUCCACUCACAUGGACUCGCCGCAUUCUCCACUCCGCUUCCACACCCCGAUGCCAUCCGACUCCGGCGACCCGCACGAUACUCCACCCUACGAGUCACCGGAAAACUCUCCAGGGAAACCUCCGGACAACUCCAUGGCUAUGGUUAUCUUCGACAAGUUCACGCGGAAUUCGCCGCUGACGUCUCCCUCGGACGGCCAGAAACCGCCGGAGAGCGCGAGCAAGAACAGAAACGCACUGGCGGUGGACUCUCCGUCUCCGGGGAUUGUUGUGAAUCGGGCGAUCAGGGAAGAGCCGCCACCGUCGGUGUCGAAGGUGGGACCGGUCGGCAGUGGGGAUGGUCGGAGAUCGGGAACGGUGGCGUCGAUUCUCAAGAGGUCGAAGAGGGAGGUGAUGCUUAGGAGGGCUGCGCUAGGGUUUCGGCUGAGCGAGUUUGUGCUCUGCUUAAUUUCCUUUGCAGUUAUGGCCGCCGAUAAAACCCAGGGUUGGAGCGGCGACUCCUUCGACCGCUACAAGGAAUACAGGGAUUGUUUAUCUAUUAAUGUCAUCGCAUUUGUAUAUUCGAGUUUCCAAGUAUACGAUUUAACCUACCAUCUGGUGACCGGAAAUUAUGUGAUUCGCCACUACCUACGGCGUCAUUUUGUUUUCUUUAUGGAUCAGGUACUAGCAUAUCUUCUCAUAUCAUCAUCCUCCUCAGCAGCCACCCGGGUUGACGAUUGGCAAUCAAACUGGGGGAAAGACGAGUUCACAGAGAUGGCUACUGCAUCUGUCAGUAUGGCCUUCCUAGCUUUUGCUGCUUUCGCCAUUAGUUCCCUUAUAUCUGGUUACAACCUUUGUACCCGUGAAUCCACUUAAUCUUGGAACCGGUUUCAUGUUCCUUCAAUCUCUCUGUGUUGGGGAUUUUUGAAGAAUAUAUCACAUAUAGGCUAUGUUGUACAGACAGAUUCAAUAGAUUUUAGUUCCCUUUAAAAUUAGACAAAAAAGAAAAACGUUUUGAUUUCAUUUGAAUGUUCAAUGGUAAUGAAACCAUUCUAGUUUUGCCUUAAA